UCCCAACCCCCCCGAGCUCCAUCGAAUUCAAUCGCCUCAUCAUCCCCGUAUCUGCCUGCGCUCAUCGCUAGCCCGCGCAUUCCAUCUCGACAUCCCAUCUUCGCUUCGCUUUCCGACCCGUCGCAUCUCCGCUGGCGGUGAACAAUGGCCGACGAUGGGUCCUCGCACAUGACGGCGUCGCAGUCGCAGUCGUCGCAACUCCUCUCCUCUUCCUCCUCCACCACCACCACCUCCUCGUCACGCUCCCCCUCCAAGCUUUGCUCCAGAACAUACAAGAAGGCGUCCCAUCUGUACCUGACCCGGCGGUUACAAGAAUCGCUCGCCGCCUUAGAGCCCGUCAUCACGAUCGUCCGCGGGCCCGACGACCAACAACACCGCUUGGCCAACGGCAACGGUCACGGCGAGGCCGUCGCGCCCAUUGCCACAGCCCAACCCACCUGGCGGAUCAAGGUGUGGAAUCUCUACAUCACACUGCUGAGCGGCAUCGUCGAUCUCGGUGCCGAGGAAGGGAAGAAACUAUUCGGACAGAAGGAAUGGAAGGCCAUCUCGUCUCAGGUCCGCGAUGGUGAGAUCUGGGAGAUGGUCGUACAGACCGGGUACAAGGGUCUGGAGGGAUCCGUCGACGCCGAAGUUGUAUACAACCUAGCCACAUUACUGCUGAGACAUUCCCCGUCCCAGAAACUCAAUCAGCAACGCCUCGAAACAUAUCUCUCGUCAUCCGGACAACAACCGACCCUGGAUAUAUCGGAGCAUCUCCGGGACGGCUCGUCCACGCCAACGCCGAACGGCGGCGGCGGCGGCGGCGGCGGCACCGACACCCCGAAGGACCUGGCGGCGCGGGUGCGAAUAAUCGAGCUGUUCACGCUGCAUGUGCUUCCCCGGAACGAAGAGUGGGAGUACGCGCAAGAGUUCCUGAACCUGAGCGAGGUGCUGGACGAGGAGCGGAAGGAUGUCUUCCUGCAAACACUGGAGGGGCUGAAGGAGGAGAAGCAGCAGGGCGAAUUGCGCGCGGCGGCGCUUCAGCGGGAGAAGGACGCGGAGCUGGACCGACAAGCGCGGGAGACAGAACGUCGCCGGGCGGAGGAGGCGGAGGCCGCGGCCGCUGCUGAUCGGUCACAACCGGGACAUGGCCGCAGCGGGACCGAGGUGGACUACGGCAUCGAGAAGACGUAUCCGAACGGCAGCAUCAAGGGACGGGCCAAGGGCGCAGAAAAGGCGGGCAGCAAACCCGGCACGUCGACGAGUCGAACGGCGUUUUCUCCGCCGGGCUCGAAGAGCGUCAAGAAAGCAGACAAGCCCGAGGCUCGCAAGCAAUCGCGGGCGCUGGUAGUCACCGUCGCGCGCAACCUGCUGCAAUACAUCAGCAAGAGCAUAGCCGGCAACCCGCUGUCGUUCGUGCGCACGCUGCUGUUUAUACUGGGCAUCGUGGCGGCGCUCAGCCGACACGACGUGCGCGAGCGCAUCCGGCGGAUAACAGGGUCCGGAUGGCAGAAAAUCAAGGGGACUGUCGGGAUGGGGGUGAAAGUGAGCUAUAUCUAG